AUGCCGCCUCGCUUGGGACCCGGGAGCGGAGCCUCUGCACUGCCGGCCAGCACGCUCACGCCGCAACAGCUGCAGAACCUCCAAGACUUUCUCCGUGUCACGCGCGAAUCGACGGGCCAGGAGCCGACCUCGCAGGCCGUGCAGGAUUACCUCGUACAGAAUGGCAUCACCGUUCCCCUGCGCGCACCCCCGCCUCAGCAGCAGCAGCAGCAGCAGCAACAGCAGCAACAGCAGCAGAUGGAUCUACAGCAGCAGCAACAAGCUAUGCUCAACGCACAGCGGCUGCUUCAGCAGCAGCAACAGCAACAGCAACAGCAACAGCAACAGCAACAGCAGGGGCAGCAGUUCCAGCAGCAGCAGCAUCAACAGCAAGCUCAGAAUGUUGAAGCCACUCUCAGUUCGUCUCACUCUCUGCGCCAUCGGGUUGCGCUACAUGUUGGCCUCGACGAUGAGACUGAUGCUGGCUCGGUGGCUCGUUCAAUUUGUCUCCCCCAGUCGCGCACUUGUAUCCACUUCACUUGCAAGGCAACAUGCAGGCCGCAAUCCAACAUCUGCAAAGCGUGCUCUAUCCACCCAGCGGUCAGCAGUCCCCUCUCCUCGCCCAACUCGUCAACAUGGCCCGCGGCGACCGACUCUCCCCCGAGCAUAUGGGGCUGCUCAAAGCCGUGAUCGCCGCAAAUAGGCCAUCAAACUGUGGGUCCCCUGCUCCUGCAACCCGAUCCCGGGGCUAGCACUAGUGAGAUACCGAAAAGCUGACUGUACCUUUGGUUGAAAAUUUGCUCACAGCACAACAACAACAGCAGCAACACCAACAGCAGCCACAACAAAGCAUCUACCAGCAAAUGCCACAGCCUCAGCAACAGCAUCUCGCGCAGCAGUUCGCACAGCAGCAACAACAACAGCAACAAAAGCAGCAGCAGCAGCAGCAGCAACUCCAACAACAACAGAAGCAGCAACAGCAACAGCAGCAAAUGCAAGGUGGAGCACAACAGUCACAUCAGGUCUGUGCACGACUACACAUGGACCGGGUCCAGUGUCAACGUGGGCAAUCUCAGAGCUCCAGCUCACAUCCCGUGUAUGUACACACGUCACAGUCUCAAAGCGCCGGUCAAAGUCCGCAACAAGCUGUACAGGCUCUACAGCGGCGUGUUCAAAACAUCGAAGAGUUGCUCAAGAGGUAGAUACAGACCUGCCGGUCGGUUACGCAAUUCGGGUUCUCUCUCUCGGACCAGCACUGAGCCUGCGACUCGAACUGCCGCUCGUAGGAAUGACUUAACCGACGAGCAACGACGCCAAAUGCAGACCGAGCUCGACCAGGCUCGAGCCAAUCUUUCGAGAGUGAUCAAACUGCUGAUUGCUGCCAGUCAAACGGGCAAUGCCGGGGGGUCGAUAGCUGGUCCAAGCAAUCCUGGCAUGAUUGGCGUCGGCGGUGUUGCCCAGAUGCAAGAAGCUCAGAGGAUUGCGAUGCGCCAACGUGAGCUGCAAAUGCAACAGCAGCAGCAGCAGCAGCAGCAGCAGCAGCUCCAACAGCAGCUCCAACAUCAGCAGCAACACCAUCAGCAGCAGCAGAUUCAACAGAAUGGCCUAAAUUCUCAAUUCCGAACCGCUUCUCCGCUACAAUAUGGCCAGCAGCAGCAACCAGGGCAAACACCGGGAGGUCUCCGUCAGUCACCGACUGUGGGUGCUGCUCAGCUUCUACCUCUUCCGCAAGACGCCGCAAACCCGUCUGGUGGAAGCUCAAAUGCUGGCCCCCCGACAGCUUCCACUGGCUCGAGCUCAGCACCUGCUGGCUCAACACCUCCGUCCACCAAGACGGCCAAAAAGCUUACGAAAAAGCAACAGCAAGCUCAAGACGCUGCUGCGGCGAAAUCCCAUCAGCCACGACCCUCGGUGCCAGGCCCUGCAGGCCCUAGCGCUGCUGGGCAAGCCGCUGCCCCCCCUCCUGCUGCGAUCGGCCAAUUGUCUCAGAUCCAGCACCAGCAAGCUCUUGCACAGGCGCAGCAAUUCCAGCAGAUGUCACAGCAGCAGCAGCAGCAAGCCGCGAUUGCCGCUGCUUCAACAGGGAAUUCUGUUGCACCCCUCCCCAUCAACACCAGUACUUCGAACGCUGGCGCCACGGGUAUCUCAGCUGCCACGUCUGCCGCGCCUCCUGCCCAAGUCAGCGUCUCGUACUUGAUGUCGAACGCGAGCGCAAACCUGAUUCCUUCUCAAUUGUCGAUCCCGGCUCCCACGCCUGAAUCGUUCACCGCACCUCGACCCACCUUGUCGUCCGGACUGGCCAACAGCCCGAGCGUGUCGGCACCAGCGAUCAUCAAGCAUCCUGGCCUCACACCUCAGGCUGUUGCGGACGCCGUGGGUGGGCCUUCUUCGACGAAAGAUGGGCCAACCGGGCCGGCUGGGGUUGGAGGAGCUACGCCCACCGCAGGGAAUCCCUCAAAGGGAUCGGGCAAGGUUGGGGGUGUGAUGCAAGAUUUGAGAGAGGAUUCGAAAGGUAGGACAGUGUCUAAACGCAAGAUCCGGGAGCUGGUGGAAAGCGUUGAUCCCAAGGAGAGGCUUAGCGAUGAAGUCGAAGAUGUGAGCUACGUUGUACUUGGCGCAACGCAGAGCCUUCGAUUAACCAAUCUUCCUGCCGUGCAUUCUGCCUUGUCAUACAGUUACUGCUGGAGAUCGCGGACGAAUUCAUCGAUUCUAUCACCCGCUUCUCGUGUCAAUUGGCGAAGCAUCGCAAAUCAGAUCGACUCGAAGUCAAAGAUCUUGCUCUGCACCUUGAGAGGAGCUACAAUAUCAAGAUCCCGGGCUUCCAACUUGACCUUGAUAGUGCGCGUACAAUCGCAAAUCGCAAGCUGAAUCUGCCCCCAGGGCAUGCGGGCCGACUGGCAGCGGUUAGGGACACCACGAAGCGGAGAUAA